UAGGCGGAGUCUGUCAUGCCUACUGCAGUACUAUCGUUUUUCACACAAUAAAAUAUCCAGCUACUUAGUCGCGUAGGAUCUCUGUUAAAUGAAUGUGUAAUUGUUGUUACAAUGUAUCGUCUCUGUAUGAAUAUUUUGUUAACAUUGACAGAGUAAUAGUCAGGCGGCGCAGGGGUCGAUCGUAUGCAUUAUUCGCAUAAUGCUUCCAAUGCCUAGUGUCGAUGGGGACAUUUUUGACUGUGUUCAACGAGGGAACGUUGAACAUUGUGCACAUAUCAUUCAACAUGAUCGAUCUAUCCUCAAAGAGAAAGGUUGGGGUGGUUUUAGUCCUCUCCACUUUGCGUCCCUCCAUGGUAACCGUGCCAUGGUUGACAUGUUGCUAAGCAAUGGAGCUGACCCCAACCUGACCUGUGAUGCAGGAAUGACAGCCUUCCAUUUCGCCUGCAGGCAUGGUAAUGUAUACGUGAUGCACCAGAUGAUGCAGCAUGGAGCUGACCUGCGCAUGGUAGACCAUCAGGGAAAAACCGCCCUACACCAUGGAGUAUGUGGAGGGAACAUUGUAGCGAUGCAGUACCUGUGGGAGACAGGACUGUUUAGGUGGUGUGAUGGAGACAUGUACCAUGUUACACCUCUACACCUGGCUGCUGAUACUGGCAACACUGAGGUGGUCCGUUACCUGCUCCGAGGAAAGAGGUGUAUGGUGGAGACUGUGGAUGAGGAUGGGUUGACAGCGGUCCAUGUGGCAGCUGAGAGGGGCUGUGUAGAGGUGUGUUGGACGCUGUUACAGAGAUCCGGCUUCAGGAUGCUGCACUUGAAGACCUAUAGCGGACACACACCUCUGGACCUCUGCAGGCAGGGAAAGACAUUCAGACACUUGCAGCUGACCAAACUACUGACCCGCUACAUGAGGGAGCCACCAUUCAACAAACCUGAUGAGUCCGACCUCCUUUACUACUGGACGUUAUUCUUCCCAUGUCUGAUUGGAGGAGCUAUUCUGAUUAUCGCAACAAUGUUGGGGGGCUACGGAGGGAUAACGUGCGCCGUCCUCUUCCCCUGGCUGGCCAGGAGUAUAUUUUCCCAGUUCCACCGCAUGACGACCUACCAGAGGUUGGCCAACCCCGUCUACCUAGGGACUGUGAUAGCUGGAUUGUUCCACUCUCUAGUCUGCUUCUACUAUAGAAUACUACCGCCUAAUAUCCUUUAUAUUACAGUGAUAGUAUAUUACCUAAUAUCGUGUACUGCCUAAUUAUAUUACAAAGUAUAUACUUUUCACAUACAUUGAAUGCCUGAUGAAGACUGUGGCUUUAACCAAAUCAAAUUGCAAAUCUUGCUUGUGACUAGUUCCUGGAGGUUGUGGUCAAUUAUUCUUUAGCUGAAUUAUGAUAAAUAUACUUUACACUGACAAUCCAUCAUACAUCAUAUGUAUGUAGCCUACAUCUAGUAUAUUUAAGCAAUAAUGCAUGAAGGGGUGUGGUGUAUGGCCAAUAUACCACGGCUAAGGGCUGUUCUUCCGCACUACGCAAUGCAGAGUGCCUUGAUACAGCCCUUAGCUGUGGUAUAUUGGCUGCAUACCACAAACAUCCAAGGGGCCUUAUUGCUCUUAUAAACUGGUUACCAACGUAAUUACAGCAGUAAAAUAAAUGUUUUGUCAUACUCGUGGUAUAUGGUCUGUUAUACCACGGCUGUCACCCAAUCAGCAUUCAGGGCACGAACCACCCAGUUUAUAAUGUUGGUUGAGUCUUAACCCACUGUGACGCUUGUGGGGUGAUGGUGUUCUGGGUCAUGUGUCGCUGGUCCAGUUCUCUGUGGUUCUGGUCUUGUUCUGGAUGGUUCUAACCCAGGAUCCUGGAGAGUUGGGACCGGGAGAUGCAGAUCCUCGCUACUCCUCCAUAACAGACCUGCUGGAGAACAACCAGAAUCCUCAGAGGUUCUGCAUCUACUGUGAGUUGUUCCAGCCAGACAAUACUAAACACUGUAAAUUGUGUGAUGUGUGUGUGAGGGAUUACGACCACCACUGCCUGUUCCUGAACCGCUGUGUUGGCGGUGGCAACCACCGCCUCUUCAUCAUCUUUAUCCUCUCCAUGGCCACAGCACACCUCCUUUUCAUUGCCGUGGCAACUUACCACCUGUAUGUGGUCGUGGUGUCCCUCGAGGACCAGUCAUUGGUUAGGGCAGUAGCUGCACAGUUCUGGGUGGUCUCCCUGACGAUAAUGAACUUUCUGACAAUCAUUUGGGAGGUGUGGUUGUUGACGGAACAGUUUGACGCUAUCGCCAUUGGGACUACCACCUACUUCAAACCUACCUGUGAGACUCGGCCACGGUCGCUAGGACAACGCUGGACAGCGGUGCUUACCUUCCUAUUGGAGGGGAGGAGACGGUUAGAUUAUGGACUCACAGGGGACAAGAUCUCCAUAGACAUUUAGAUAAUAUGGACUCUAAAACCUAUGGUGAAAUGGAGAACAAUGUAUAUUUUGUCAGUUUUCCUUUCUUAAAACCAGUUGGAUCUUCUAGCCUGUUGAGCUAAAGCCUAGGCAUUACCUCGGGAAGCAAAUACCGCUAUUAAACAUAUAACAAGUGGUGUGUAGACCAGAAUGAGUUCUAAGAGAUCUUAACAUUAGAGAUAACAUGUUACUUAGAUUGUCUUUUGAGAGUGCGGUCAUAAACAUGUCUGUUAAACAUUAUACUGGAACAUACACUGCCGUUCAAAAGUUUGGGGUCACUUAGAAAUGUCCUUGUUUUUCAAAGAAAAUGACAUUUUUUGUCUAUUUAAAUAACAUCGAAUUGAUCAGAAGUACAGUGUUUACAUUGUUAAUGUUGUAAAUGACUAUUGUAGCUGGAAUGGAAUAUCUACAUAGGCGUGCAGAGGCCCAUUAUCAGCAAACAUCACUCCUGUGUUCCCAUUACAUGGUGUGUUAGCUAAUCCAAGUUGAGCAUUUUAAAUAGGUUAAUUGAUCAUUAGAAAACCAUUUUAAAAUUAUGUUAGCACAGCUGAAAACUGUUGUCCUGAUUUUAAAAAAGGAAUAAAACUGUCCUUCUAUAGACUAGUUGAGUAUCUGGAGCAUCAGCAUUUGUGGGUUAAAUUACAGGCUCAAAAUGGCCAGAAACAAAGAUCUUUCUUCUGAAACUCGUCAGUCUAUUCUUGUUCUGAGAAAUGAAGGCUAUUCCAUACGAGAAAUUGCCAAGAAACUGAAGAUCUCGUACAACGCUGUGUACUACUCCCUUCACAGAACAGCUUAAACUGUCUCUAACCAGAAUAGAAAGAGGAGUGGGAGGUCCCGGUGUUCAACUGAGCAAGAGGACAAGUACAUUUGUGUGUCUAGUUUGAGAAACAGACGUCUCACAACUCCUCAACUGACAGCUUCAUUAAAUAGUACCCACAAAACACCAGUCUCAACGUCAACAGUGAAGAGGCGACUCCGGGAUGCUGGCCUUCUGAUAAUGGGCAUAUGUAGAUAUUCCAUAUAAAGAAAUCAGCCAUUUCCAGCUACAAUAGUCAUUUACAACAUUAACAAUGUCUACACUGUAUUUUGGAUCAAUUUGAUGUUAUAUUAAUGGACAAAACUAAUUGCUUUUCGUUCAAAAACAAGGACAUUUCUAAGUGAUCCCAAACUUUUGAAAGGUAGUGUGGGUAUUGAAAAAUGUAUACUUUUAAUAUAUAGACUAUAGUAGAAUGAAUGUGGAAAUCUUGCCAGCGAACAAACCAACAUCAAACUCCUCACAUAACACACUGACUGUCUGUCUUGGUAAGCAUUUCCUAUGUAUGCAUUUGGAGUUAGUUCUCUGUUUUAUGUGAUGCUCUGAGCUAUUUUAAAGCCAACAGUACUUAUACAACGAUGUAGCUAGUUUAUGAAUAACUGACUGAUUUUGUCUGGCCUGUGAAGGAUCCCACUAUUUAACUAGUAUGUCCUGUGGGGUCCAUUCUCUGUUUCACAUUUUAAUGCAGUGAUGUAUUUUUAAACUGUUUCAUUGGAGAUAACUGUUCACUUGAAUUGUUACCUCAGUUUUUUUAAUACUUCUCACUGGAACAUUUAUUUUUAACUUAGGUGUCAUUGUUGUUUUAAAUAAAAGUUCAAUAUGAUGAAA